GGCCCGGCCGAGCGGCGGCGCGGAGAGGAGGAGCCGCGUUCCGCCGAGCGGGCCCGUAGUCCCGGCGCGGAGGGGAAGGGGCCGGCUGCGGCGGCGGCCAAUGCGAAACUGGCUGGUGCUGCUGUGCCCCUGUGCGCUCGGGGUCGCGCUGCACCUCUGGCUGCUGCUCAGCUGCCCCGGCGGCCCCGGGAGGCGGCCGGCAGGUCCGCUGGCCUUCUUUCCUCAGUGGAAGCUGAAACAUUAUGAUGUUGUUGUAGGUGUUCUGUCAGCUCGCCACAAUCAUGAACUGCGCAGUGUUAUAAGGAACACUUGGUUCCAGCACUUGAAACAACACCCAACACUGAGCCAACGUGUCCUUGUGAAGUUUAUAAUAGGUGCACGUGGUUGUGCUGUGCCAGUGGAGGACAGAGAAGACCCCUACUCCUGCAAGCUUCUGAACAUCAGUAAUCCAGUUUUGAAUCAGGAAAUUGAAGCAUUCAGCCUCCCUGAGGACACACCUUCUGUGCUAUCUGAGGACAGAGUUGUCAGCGUGAACUUCCGUGUGCUUUACCCCAUUGUCAUCACCAGUCUUGGGGUCUUUUAUGAAGCUGAUGGGGUGGGAUUCCAGAGGAACAUCACUGUCAAACUGUACCAGGCAGAACAUGAGGAAGCUCUCUUCAGUGCGCGCUUUAGCCCACCAAGCUGUGGAGUGCAAGUGAACAGACUGUGGUACAAGCCAGUGGAGCAGUUCAUUUUGCCAGAGAGUUUUGAAGGCACCAUUGUAUGGGAGAGCCAGGAUCUACAGGGCCUUGUUUCAAGAAACCUUCACAAAGUGAUGGUGAAUGAUGGAGGGGGUGUUUUCAGAGUCAUUACAGCAGGGGAAGGGCUGUUGCCACAUGAACUCACAGAAGGUGUGGAGGGGAUAGCAGGUGGUUUCAUCUACACUAUUCAAGAAGGUGAUGCUCUGUUAAAAAGCCUCCAUACUCGCCCAGAAAGGUUUACAAGUCACAUAAAAAGUCUUGAGAAGGAAGAUACUCUACUGGAGGAAGAAAGCAGUACCUAUGAUGAUAUUGUUUUUGUAGAUGUUAUUGACACUUACAGAAACGUUCCAUCUAAACUACUGAACUUCUACCGAUGGACAGUUGAAACAACAAGUUUUGAUUUGUUGCUGAAGACGGAUGAUGAUUGUUACAUUGACUUGGAGGCUGUUUUUAACAGGAUAACACAGAAAAAAUUGGACAGACCAAACAUUUGGUGGGGAAAUUUCAGACUUAACUGGGCAGUUGAUCGAACUGGGAAAUGGCAGGAGCUGGAGUACCCGAGUCCUGCCUAUCCAGCCUUUGCUUGUGGGUCUGGCUAUGUUAUCUCCAAAGACAUCGUUGAGUGGCUGGCAAGCAAUUCUGAAAGAUUAAAGACUUACCAGGGUGAAGAUGUGAGUAUGGGCAUCUGGAUGGCAGCUGUAGGACCCAAGCGAUACCAAGAUAGUCUCUGGCUGUGUGAGAAGACCUGUGAGAGAGGCAUGCUGUCUUCCCCUCAGUACUCCCCACAGGAACUGAGAGAGCUCUGGAGAGUAAAGGAACUGUGUGGAGAUCCUUGCCGAUGUGAGGAAAGAUAAUGGGCUUGCAUUGGCCAACAUGGUAGCGUAUACCGAUGGUGGGAAAGCGUACACUGGGGUUCAUUCCCUGAAGAAAAUGGAACAUUGAGGUAUCUUUUACUGUUGGGUUUCAGCUGAAGUGUGACGAUAUUUGCACAUCCCUUUUGAUAAUUACAAGUGGACUGAAACUAUCCAAUUUCUAUAGUAUAGAUGUUGAUCUGACAAAAACCAAAAUGUUUAAGAUAAAAAUUUCCUUUUUAUAUAAAAAGUCAAAAACCUACUUGUAAUUAAUAAAUGCAGAUAAGAAUGCCAACCAGCCUGUCUUUUGUAAAUUUCAGUACUACUGAUUUAACUCUGUAUAGAGCUGUACCAGGAUCCCAGAGGAGCUGUGCUUAGUAGCAGGGCAGCUGGUCAGUUGUGCUGCAGCAGGUUCCAUGUUUGUUGGAGGGGCUGAGACAGCGAGGGUUUGGGAUUUAUCUUAUGCUGUUCAGUUUGUUUAAACCGUUGUCAUUUUAGAUUAAAAAAAUAAAAUCAAAGUCUGCUUAUACCAAAUCUUGAAGUUCUACAAACCUAGCCUGAUGAGGUGGGAUUUCUGAUAGCUCAGUGUGCUAUUUAUAAACCUAGGGCUACACGAGUGGAAGUAAAAUACUACUGAGGAAUAGCACAGCAGAGAAUGUAAAAUAAAUAGCAAUGCCCUGCAGUAUGCUGAGAACUUAUUUAUAUACUGUGGUAUGUUAAUACUGUAGGUAGAAUUAUGGUUUGUCACGUUUUAACUUUAAAUAUUCUAAGGCUGUGUAGAUACUUCUGCAAUUACUGCUGAUUUACUUUCAUUUGCUUUAAGUUCUUUGGAAAUAAGUGAAAACAGAAAGAGCAAGUAGCUUCUUUCAGCACAGGACUAGUUUUAUCCUAGAGCUAUUUUAAGCAAAGAUAUCACAACUUGAUCCUGAUGUCAGUUCAGUAAAAACAAGUUCUCACUGCCGCAGGGGGAAGGUAGUAUAAAAUAAUGGCCAAAGGGUUACCUGGAGAUUUAUUUAAUGGAAGAAUUUAAGCGCUAUUUAUUUGGUUUCUCUUACAUAAGACACUCCAAUCAAAAGUAAAGGCUUUCAUGGAGACCACUACUAAGCUUAGGAGCUGGCAGUAUUACCACUGAGCCCUCUGCUACCACCUUCUCCCAGACGUGGUCAGGCACAGGUUGCACACAGGUCUGCAGACUCUCCGUGAUGCUUCUGCAGUUCGAGUGUUGGCUUUUCCUUCAGUCUGCCAAGGGUGUCUCUUUUUACCACCGUACUAACACAGAGUCUCCAUUUUCUAUUGAGUAAAACUGCAAAGGCUUUAAGUCGUUGUCAAGUUCAACUUCUUUCCCUUUUAGCUAGAAUAAGAAAGGAAGAAAGUAGUUUGAUCAGACUUCAAUAAAUUCUAGUGUAUUCAAAUCAAACUUAGAUCAGGCAGUUAAGACCAUAUUACAGCAGUUCUAAAUUACAGCAGGAAGAGCACUCUCCUUGUGUGAGAUCAACGUCACUAGGCAGUACUUUAGAACAUGCUAUUGAACUUUAUCAGCAUGACGUAUUUUACUGCUAAAUUACCUAAUUUUAACUCACUUUAGAACUUUCGUAGGACAGUUUCAGUUCCGAACCAGGAAUUCUAAGUAGGCGAUAGAGCAAUCCUUUGACCUUCUGAAUAGUCAUGGACUCUGAAAAAGGGAGGUGGGGGGAUAAAAUCAUUAGAAAAAUGCUGCUACCACGGAGCUGUACUGUUUUUUCAGCUAUACUUGCUCAUAGCAACGGUGAAAAGCUGUACUGCUGCUUCAGUUCUAACACUGCAAUAACGUAUUUUGUACCUGAAAUGAUAACUGCUAACAUCAAGUUGAAAAUGGUUUAAUCUCUGGUGGAUCAGACAGAAUACACUACUGUGUUUUAAGUGUUGGAUCCCUUAUACCAAACUGAAGUGUUACAGCUUCAUAAUUUGAAACAAAACCUUUGAUUUUGAAUUUACUCCAUGCUAAAACCAAGUGACCUUUGGGACAUGUACCAGUCAGGUUCUGACUGCUGGCAGCUGGCGCCCAUUCCUUCAAGUUUUCGUACCUUGAAUCGGCUUUCCCAGCACAAACAGCACUGUGGACCUCAUGCCAUUCCUACCAGUAAGUGCUGCUGCUUUAGCCAGGCCCCAGCACACUGCCAGCAGAGCUGUACAGCCGUUUCUAUUAUGAAGUCAGUUACACUAAGGAGUAUUUUUUUUGUAAUGAAUUUUGAGUAAGUGUAGUUUGCUCCAGAGGUGAGAGCUGUUUGCAAUAGAUCUACUCGAUAUAAAAAAUACGUUCAACUUGUACUUCUUUUGAAGCUUUACCUAAAGGCACAGCAAUAGUGAGUUACUCCUGUAAUCCCACGCAUUGUACUUAAAACAAAUAUUUUUCUAUCAAACAUUUUUGUAAAAGCUGUAUCUAUCUAUCAUCUGAUUUUAUGCAACUUGUGAUAAUAAAUGUGAUUUUUAUUUUAGAAUAAA